ACCAUCUCGUGUUCCAUGAUGAAAUCAAAUACCUCGUGUUAAUGUGCCCGCGAACGGCACUUGCCAAAUUUUCGAGGUUAGCGUUCACGCACGAGCCUAAUCUGUACGAACACCGAGAGCGUUCGCACUAUAUUUCGAUCUAAGAACGCCGAUGUAAAAGUUUGCAACAUUUUCAUGGUCAUGGCGGUGCGCGUGCAAUUCGAGAACAACAAUGAGAUCGGCGUCUUCUCAAAGUUGACGAAUUCCUACUGUUUGGUUGCGAUCGGCGGCUCCGAAAACUUUUAUAGCGUAUUUGAGGCAGAAUUAGCUGAGACAAUUCCAGUUAUUCACGCAUCAGUAGCAGGAUGUCGUAUCAUAGGUCGACUGUGUGUUGCGAACAAGAAUGGAUUAUUAGUACCAAAUACAACAACAGAUACAGAAUUACAACACAUUCGGAAUUCUUUACCAGAUAAUGUAAAGGUACAGAGAGUGGAAGAGAGACUCUCUGCUCUAGGCAAUGUUAUAGCAUGUAAUGAUUAUGUUGCCUUAGUUCAUCCAGAUCUGGAUAAGGAAACUGAAGAAAUUUUAGCUGAUACUCUGAAUGUGGAAGUAUUUAGACAAACUAUUGCAAGUAAUGUUCUUGUUGGUUCGUAUUCCAUUUUAUCCAACCAAGGUGGUUUGGUGCAUCCGAAUAUGCCUAUUCAAGAGCAAGACGAGUUGUCUUCUCUUCUGCAAGUGCCACUUGCGACCGGAACAGUGAACAGGGGCAGCAACGUAAUCGCUGCCGGUAUGGUCGUAAAUGAUUGGGCUGCUUUUUGUGGCAUGGACACAACUUCGACAGAAAUCGCUCGUAUCGAGAGCGUUUUCAAGCUUAACGAAGCUAAUCCCGCUCCUAUUACAUCGAGUAUGCGUGCACCUUUUAUAGAAAGUAUGUCGGACUUAUAAAAGAAAGGACCUCUUUAAAAUACUGGAAAAAGUAUGUUGGACUAUACAUUAUCUAUGUGUACAUAAAAUAUUUAUGGCUUUAUCAGCACAACAUUAUUCUUUCGUCAACAUAUCUAUGACAAACACUUCUUCGUGAUUCCGACAUAAGAUAAUACGUGUAAUAAGAUUACUCUAUAUUAAAAUUUAUACAAAAUACAAUGUUCGUUUUUGUUCACACAUUUGAUUAACAGGAUAUAUUGUUGUAAGAUAAACUUGCAAUCACUGACAUGCAUUCUUAAA